AUGUCCCUCAAGAUCGCCGUCAUCGCGUGCCUGGCUGCUGUGGCCCUAGCUGAUCAGGCCCCCUACCCCCCUCCCACCCCCUACCACCCUCCACCUCGGCCUUACCACAGCGAACCCGACUACCCUGAUGUCCCACCCAAGUACACCUACAACUACGGCGUUGCCGACGGCUACUCCGGUGUCAACCUCGGCCACUCGGAAGCCCGCGACGGCUACAAGACCGAGGGCAGCUACAGCGUCGACCUCCCCGACGGCCGCAAGCAGAUCGUCAAGUACGUGGACAACGGCGACGGUCUCGUUGCUGAAGUUACCUACGAGGGCGAAGCUCGGUACCCUGAGCACACGCCCGCCUACAGGCCCGCUCCCCCCGUCUACCCUGCUCCCCAUGCGUAGAGACAUGUUAAGAAUAUUGAACAACAUAUCAAAUCAUUUUCAAAUGUACUUACUCAUCUUCAUUCUUCACAGAUAUGUUUGUUACUAAGCUUUUUAAAUGCAUCAAUAAACUGUUGAUUGUGUGA